AUGGAGAUUGCAACGACCUCGAGUGCUUUCAAUUUAUUUCCAAAAGAAGAGAGAUUUAUUAAAAGCAAAGGUGUCAGAUUCAAUUUACUCGAUUUCUCGUCGCUACCUAUAAUAAACCCUAAGGUAAAGAGACAAAAGAAGACCGUCGAAGUGGACUCAUCUACUAAGGUCAGACGCUCCCAAAAGUCACUAAACCGGUCGAUAGCAAUUACACCACAUGUUGCUAAACCGGAGAACUCGAUUACGGCGAAGCCUGAUGGGAGGGUUGAUUUGAAAAACUUGAUCGCAAAGGCACAACAUAAAAUUCAUGAGAAGAGGCACAUCGAUCAUCGAAGAGAACACAUUGCGAGGCAGAGGAUAGCUGCUCGCUUAGCUCUAAAUCAAAUGGUAGCAACCGUUUACUUUAACGAUUAUCUGAACUAUUAUAAAGAACUGGAACAGCUUGGCUACACAUUCAUGCGAGAUAUACUUGAUUGCUUGAACAUGUUCAGUUUGUGGUCAAGAAGCGACUACAAUGGUGAAACCAACUCUGUCUUGGAAAAUUUCAAAACGCCAUAG